AUGAACAUUUUUAAGUUUGAUAUGACCCCAUAAAAUUUAUAAACUAGUAUAUAUAUGAUUUCUAUGAGGCAAAAUAUUACCUAUAUGCAAAAUUUAUAAAGCAUUAAAUGGAUAUUUUAAAUACGUAUUUUAAUAUGCCUUUUACAAUUUAUUUGUAAGCCAUAAAAUAUAAUUAAUUGUUUCAUAUUGUAGCAAAAAAUUGAUCUGCGCCUUUUUUGUCCAUUAAAAUUUGAAAAAACUUUAGCAUAAGCACAGUGUUAUUUUUUUCGUCAUGUCUUAUAUUUAUUUUAAUUCAAAGUUUGUUUUUAUAAAUUUUAAGUAUUUGUUCUUUUUUAUAGUAAUAGACCUAUUAUAAAUAUUAUGUAUGUUAUAUUUAAGAUCAAAUCUUGUUAAUUUUUAUUCGCUUUCUAAAAUUAGUGUGAAAGAUAUGUAACAUAUGCCAAAAGCUAUCUGAGUUUAUUAUAUAAACAGAUGGGUGUAUAGAAUGGUUCUUUGUUAUAUCAUAUAAUUUUAAUAAACCAAGACAAAAUGGAUACCUUAACUAGGGAAGAAUGGGAUCGUAUUUCAGAGGAUUCCCAUUUUAAUAAAAAAUAUGAAGUAUUUGAUAAAAAUGUAAGCUAUAGUAGUAAAAUAAGUAAUGUGUGCGAUUCAUUAACGAUCACUAAUACUAAGAUUACGAAAGAACUUUGUAAUAAAGUAGCCGCAAAUUUACAGUAUGUAUAUGACAUAAAGGAAGAGGACAAAAAAAAAAAUACUUGUCGACUAUACAAAUACUGGACAUAUAAUCAAAUGUGGAAAAUUAUUGGAAAUAAUAAUGAUCCUAAUCAUGUAGAAAGUGUUAUAACAGAUUUUGUGAAUAUAUGUGAAAGUGUUCGUAAAAAUAAUAGUAAUUAUAAUUGUCAAUAUGAUUUUCAUAACAAGAAUUUCCAAAAUUUGAAAGAACACUUAGAAAAAAAUUUUUGCAUGACUAUUUUAAAAACUUUGAUUCUAUUAAAA